CAAGCGCUAACAGGCGGUGCGGUCGCGAAGUGAUGACGUAGAAGGGGCGCGGGGCGGCGGUGGCGGCCUGUUCGCCAUGGCGAAGACCGUGGCCUAUUUCUACGACCCGGACGUCGGCAAUUUCCACUACGGAGCUGGGCACCCCAUGAAGCCGCACCGUCUGGCGCUCACCCACAGCCUGGUGCUGCACUACGGCCUCUACAAGAAGAUGAUCGUUUUCAAGCCAUACCAGGCAUCACAGCAUGACAUGUGCAGAUUUCACUCCGAGGACUACAUAGACUUCCUACAGAGAGUGAGUCCCAACAACAUGCAGGGCUUCACCAAAAGCCUCAAUGCCUUCAACGUGGGUGAUGACUGCCCAGUGUUUCCAGGGCUCUUUGAGUUUUGCUCUCGUUACACUGGGGCCUCCCUGCAGGGAGCAACACAGCUGAACAACAAGAUCUGUGAUAUUGCAAUAAACUGGGCAGGGGGCCUACAUCAUGCUAAGAAGUUUGAGGCUUCUGGGUUUUGUUACGUCAACGACAUAGUAAUUGGCAUCCUGGAGCUGCUCAAAUAUCACCCACGUGUUCUGUAUAUUGAUAUUGAUAUCCAUCACGGAGAUGGUGUGCAGGAAGCUUUCUACUUGACAGACCGUGUGAUGACUGUGUCAUUUCAUAAAUAUGGAAACUAUUUUUUUCCUGGUACAGGGGACAUGUAUGAAGUUGGUGCAGAGAGUGGCCGUUAUUACUGUCUCAACGUGCCUCUACGAGAUGGUAUCGAUGACCAAAGUUAUAAACACCUCUUCCAACCAGUCAUUAACCAGGUGGUAGAUUACUAUCAGCCCACCUGCAUCGUAUUGCAGUGUGGUGCAGAUUCUCUGGGUUGUGACCGUUUGGGCUGCUUUAACCUCAGUAUAAGAGGACAUGGGGAGUGCGUGGAGUAUGUAAAGAGUUUCAACAUCCCCUUACUGGUGCUGGGAGGAGGCGGGUACACAGUCCGCAAUGUAGCACGGUGCUGGACUUACGAAACAUCAUUGCUUGUAGAUGAAGCAAUUAGCGAAGAGCUCCCGUAUAGUGAGUACUUUGAAUACUUUGCUCCAGAUUUCACACUUCAUCCCGAUGUCAGUACGAGGAUUGAAAAUCAGAACUCCAGGCAGUACUUGGAUCAGAUCAGGCAGACAAUAUUUGAGAAUCUGAAGAUGUUGAACCAUGCUCCCAGUGUGCAGAUCCACGAUGUCCCUUCUGACUUGCUGAGCUAUGAUCGCACAGAUGAACCUGAUCCAGAGGAAAGAGGCUCUGAGGAAAACUACAGCAGGCCUGAAGCUGCCAACGAGUUUUAUGAUGGUGACCACGAUAAUGACAAAGAGAGUGAUGUUGAAAUCUGAGGAAUCUGAUGGACUCUCUGGACUCUGGAGAUCUGGGACUCUGGACCAUGGGGGGGUUCCCGUGUUGGACACUGGUGCAGUUAAUUGGCUGCAUGGGAGCCAGUGAGCCCUCCCUUCAUAUUUGACUGCAUGCAGUGGCAGCAGAAAACAGCACCACUGCAGACUUCUGCUCCCUGAAAUGCAGAGGGCAGUGAAACAUGUUCCUUGCUUUCCACCAUGCAUCACAAUUCCACCUGUCACCAAUCUGGGAAAUGGAAAUUCAAGCAGCACUCAGACCUGUGCCGUGGAGUGGCUGGCAGCCACGCAGCUGCCUUCUGAGCCCGACUCAGUCAGCUUCUUCAGCUCCCUUGCAGGUUUCUGCCAGAAAGGUGGGAGCUGAAGUGUCUGUGCCUAGAGCCUCUGCCUCAUCAACAGCACACCUGCCACAUCCUGCUGUCCCCAGCCAUCUGCUCAGGUACCCACUUGGUUGUCCUCUUGAAGCCUGCACCUAGGCUUGCUUCCUUGUAUCCUUUCUACCCAUCUGCUGCUCCACAGCUCGGAAAAAAAAACAUUCAACAAGACAAGGCCAGUUCUGGGGUAGGGGUCAGGAGCAUGGUCGGAGCAGGGUGAAAGAAUUGUAUGCAGUGUAGUCUUGUUUAUUUCCCCUAUGCUCAGCUUUGUUCUCACAAAUGGGUAACGCCACACUUUGCCAAGUAGGACCUAACUCCUUUUUUUUUUUUUAAUUAUUUGAAAGGUUAAAAUCACUGUGAAACAGCAGUUUGGUUGCCAAGAUCAGUACACAGUGUGUCUCAUAGCUCUAAUGUAGCUUCUAGCUGUGUUUUCCAAGUUCACAGGUGUGUUUGCAAGAGGCUUGGGCUGCUCUCUGGGAGCAAAAACCACCCUCUCCUGGCUGUGCCCUGGAGAUGUCACUGCUCACGGGUGAAGGAGGCUGCUUCCUACAGGCCCUGCUGUCUUGUCCUCACACAGCAGAGGUUUCCCAGAUUCCAGACUUUGCUGCUCCUUCUCCUGCACUGUCACCUGGUCCUCUUGUGGUUUGGAGGGUGCUGUCUGGGGAGAGGGGGGGGGGCUUAGCCUCUUACUGUAUGUACUGUUCUGUUUGUUUACUGAUGUCUUUAAACAUUAAAUGAAGAGGCAGUAUUUUUCUUACCUGA